GUGACUCAGAAAUGGCUUUCGUCUGGAUUUUGUCGUGCCUUGCCUUGAUUGGAACAGCAUAUGGCUGUGGCGUUCCUGCCAUCCCUCCUGUUAUUACCGGUUAUGCCAGGAUUGUAAACGGUGAGGAGGCUGUCCCUCAUUCCUGGCCCUGGCAGGUGUCUCUGCAGGACUCCACCGGCUUCCACUUCUGCGGAGGCUCCCUGAUCAACGAGUGGUGGGUUGUGACUGCUGCUCACUGCAACGUCAGGACCUCUCACCGUGUCAUCCUGGGUGAGCAUGAUCGUUCCUCCAAUGCUGAGCCCAUUCAGACCAUGACCGUUGGAAAGGUUUUCAAGCAUCCUAAUUUCAACAUGUUCACCAUCAACAAUGACAUCCUGCUGAUCAAGCUGGCCACUCCUGCUAAGAUCAACACUCAUGUGUCUCCUGUGUGUCUCGCCGAGACCAACGACAACUUCCCUGGUGGCAUGAAGUGUGUGACCUCCGGAUGGGGCCUGACCAAACACAAUGCUCCUGAUACCCCUGCCCUGCUCCAGCAGGCCGCUCUGCCUCUGCUGACCAAUGAAGACUGCAAACGCUUCUGGGGAAACAAAAUCACUGAUCUAAUGGUCUGUGCUGGAGCAUCUGGUGCUUCUUCCUGCAUGGGUGACUCUGGUGGUCCUCUGGUGUGUCAGAAAGAUGGAGUCUGGACUCUGGUUGGUAUCGUGUCCUGGGGUAGCAGCGUUUGCUCCACCAGUUCUCCCGGUGUUUACGCCCGCGUCACCAAGCUCCGUGCCUGGGUUGACCAGACCAUCACUGCAAACUAAAUCACCAAGCUAAUGUUCAUGGUCAUAAUGUUCAUCAAUAAAGCUUUAUUUUGA